CAAACCUCUACCCUAGCUUCAAAAGUUAUCCUGUCAAAAUCUUCUCACCUCUACGUUUCCCACUCAAACCCACCUUAAUCUACCCCAAUCCAAUCCAAACCCCAACUCCAAUCCCAACCCUACCUCCCUAACCGUCCAAAAUGCCACCCUUUGGCAAUCCUCCCAAGCCAGCAUCCCUCCUCGAUUUCCAUCGUGUCCUAGCACCCAGCGCGGGCGUGCGCGUAUCGCCGCUAUGUCUAGGCGCCAUGAAUUUCGGGGAUGCGUGGGAGGAUGUUAUGGGCAAGUGUGAUAAGAAAACAAGUUUUGAGAUGAUGGAUUAUUUUUAUGAAAUGGGUGGGAAUUUCAUUGAUACCUCGAACAACUACCAAAAUGAAGAAUCUGAGCUCUGGAUCGGAGAAUGGAUGGCAGCACGCAAAAACCGUGACGAAAUCGUCUUAGCCACCAAGUUCACCACCUGCUAUCCAGAUCCUCGCAACCCGCCACGCCAAAAAAUCAAUUUCGCUGGCAAUCACACCAAAUCCCUACAUGUCUCGCUCGAAGCCUCGCUUAAGAAACUACAAACCGAUUAUAUCGACCUCCUCUAUGUCCACUGGUGGGACUUCACAACAGGGGUGGCGGAGGUGAUGCAGAGUUUGAAUCAUAUGGUUCAGCGAGGGAAGGUUUUGUAUCUAGGAGUUAGUGACACGCCGGCUUGGGUUGUGAGUAAGGCUAAUGAGUACGCCCGCCAAAAUGGCCUCCGCCCCUUUAGUGUAUACCAAGGCCGCUGGUCCGCCGCCGAACGCGACUUCGAGCGCGAAAUCCUACCCAUGGCGACCUCUGAAGGUAUGGCGCUCGCUCCCUGGGGUUCCCUCGGCGGCGGCAACUUCAAAACCGCCGAACAGCGCAAAUCGUCCGAAGGCCGCAACAUGGCGCCCCCAUCUGAAAAACAGCUCAAGCUGUCCGUCAAGCUCGAGGAAAUCGCGAAGAAGAAAAACACGCUGUUGACGAGCGUCGCUAUGGCAUAUGUGAUGCAUAAGGCACCAUAUGUGUUUCCAAUUGUGGGUGGCAGGAAGGUGGAGCAUUUGAAGGGGAAUAUCGAGGCUUUGGGGUUGGAGUUGAGUGAUGAGGAGGUGGAUGAGAUUGAUAAGGAGAGUGGGUUUGAGAUUGGGUUCCCGAUGAACUUCCUCUUUGAGUGGAUGGGUGCGAAGUAUAGCACGAGGCAGACUAGCUCGGAUAUCGGGUUGUUGCAGUUUGCUGGGAAGUUGGACAGCGUGCAGAAUGCCAGGCCGAUUAAGCCGCAUGGAAUGUAG